AGUCCUUUGUCUAUGUCCAGAGAGAGAGACAAACCUACGCACAGAUUAUCUCAAGAUUUCAUGUACUCCAUCAUAUUUAGAUAUUUAUAACAAAGCUCUGUUCCCAAGACAAGCAUCAAACUACUCAAAACUACAUCAAUUUGAUCUCAUAAUUAAGUGUUACCUGAAUUUUGUGUUUGGAGAGGUUGUCUGAACUGCAGCCUAUAUGCCUGGGAAUAAGUACAAUACCAAUUCAUCCACCCCGUCGAAUCGGAUAGAGAGGUUAUUACGCGAGAGAGAGUUAAGAAAGAGUAGCAAGGCUUCGUAUUCCAACGAGACCAAUGGCGGUGGGAAUAGGAGUUCUGAGCUUUCUGAUGCUGAUGUUCGUUCACACCAAGGGGAUGGCUCCAGAAAUUCUUAUGUAGAAAGGUAUUUGGAAGGGGCCUUGGCUGCUCAUGCACUUGUUGAUGGAUUUGAAAGGCCGGAUGGAGAGCCUUUUAGACAGAGGCUGUUGGUGGUGGCUAAUAGGCUUCCGGUGUCGGCGAUUAGGAGAGGAGAGGAGUCGUGGUCUUUGGAGAUAAGUGCUGGUGGUUUAGUGAGUGCUCUUCUGGGCGUGAAGGAAUUUGAGGCAAGAUGGAUAGGUUGGGCUGGUGUAAAUGUGCCAGAUGAGGCUGGGCAGAAGGCACUAACAAAAGCACUCGCGGAGAAGAGGUGCAUACCUGUAUUCCUCGAUGAAGAGAUUGUUCAUCAGUAUUAUAAUGGCUAUUGUAACAAUAUAUUAUGGCCUCUCUUCCAUUAUAUUGGGCUACCCCAAGAAGAUCGUCUUGCGACUACCAGAAGUUUCCAGUCUCAGUUUGCUGCAUAUAAGAAAGCAAAUCAAAUGUUUGCUGAUGUGGUGAACGAGCAUUACGAGGAGGGUGAUGUCGUGUGGUGCCAUGACUACCAUUUAAUGUUCUUACCAAAAUGCCUAAAAGAACAUAACAUCAACAUGAAAGUCGGCUGGUUUCUCCACACGCCAUUUCCAUCUUCUGAAAUUCACAGGACCCUGCCGUCUCGAUCAGAGCUGUUGCGUGCUGUUCUGGCUGCCGAUUUAGUUGGGUUCCAUACUUAUGACUAUGCAAGGCACUUUGUUAGUGCAUGCACUCGUAUUCUCGGAUUGGAGGGCACACCCGAAGGAGUAGAGGAUCAAGGAAGGUUGACUCGUGUGGCUGCGUUUCCUAUCGGGAUAGAUUCAGAGCGGUUCAUCCGAGCGCUCGAAGUUCCUCAAGUGCAAGAACACAUCAGAGAAUUAAAAGAAAGAUUUUCUGGGCGAAAGGUAAUGUUAGGUGUUGAUCGCCUUGAUAUGAUUAAGGGGAUUCCACAAAAGAUAUUGGCAUUUGAAAAAUUUCUUGAAGAAAAUGCAUAUUGGCGUGACAAAGUCGUUUUACUGCAGAUCGCAGUGCCAACAAGAACAGAUGUUCCUGAAUAUCAAAAACUCACAAGCCAAGUUCAUGAAAUUGUUGGGCGCAUCAAUGGUAGAUUUGGAAGUUUGACCGCUGUUCCGAUACAUCAUCUGGAUCGAUCACUCGACUUUCAGGCGCUGUGUGCAUUAUAUGCUGUCACUGAUGUAGCACUUGUAACAUCUUUGCGGGAUGGAAUGAAUCUCGUCAGCUAUGAGUUUGUGGCCUGCCAAGAGUCAAAAAAAGGAGUUCUUGUUCUAAGUGAAUUUGCAGGUGCUGCACAGUCUCUUGGUGCUGGAGCACUCCUCGUCAAUCCAUGGAACAUCACAGAAGUUGCUUCUUCUAUUGGCCUAGCCUUGAACAUGAGUGCAGAUGAAAGAGAGAAACGACAUCAGCAUAACUUUGAUCAUGUUAUACAACAUACUGCUCAAGAGUGGGCUGAAACAUUUGUGAGUGAACUAAAUGAUACUGUAGUUGAAGCCCAGCAAAGAAUACGAGAAGUGCCACCUGUACUUCCAGUAAUAGAGGCAACCGAGCACUAUACGCGGUCCAGUAAUCGUUUACUCAUACUGGGAUUCAAUGCUACCUUGACUGAACCAGUUGAUACCCCUGGUAGAAGAGGUGGAGAUCAAAUAAGAGCAAUGGAGCUAAAAUUGCAUCCAGAUUUGAAAGAGCCUUUAUUGCAACUGUGCAAAGACCCAAAGACAACUGUUGUUGUACUUAGUGGAAGUGAUAGAAACAUCUUAGAUGAAAACUUCGGUGAGUACAACAUGUGGUUGGCGGCAGAGAAUGGUAUGUUUUUACGAGCUACUAAGGGAGAAUGGAUGACAACAAUGCCAGAACAUUUAAAUAUGGAAUGGGUUGACAGUGUAAAGCAUGUCUUUGAAUAUUUUACUGAGAGAACUCCUCGAUCACAUCUUGAACUCCGUGAGACUUCACUUGUAUGGAAUUACAAGUAUGCAGAUGUCGAAUUUGGAAGAUUGCAAGCCAGAGACAUGUUACAGCAUCUUUGGACAGGUCCAAUAUCUAAUGCAUCAGUCGAUGUUGUUCAAGGUAGCAGGUCAGUUGAGGUCCGAGCGGUUGGAGUUACAAAGGGUGCUGCCAUUGAUCGAAUUCUUGGAGAAAUAGUACACAGCAAAUCCAUUACGACACCGAUAGAUUAUGUCUUGUGCAUAGGCCACUUCCUUGGGAAGGAUGAGGAUGUCUAUACCUUUUUUGAACCAGAGCUUCCUUCCGAAUCGAUCAUAGGUCUUCCAAGAGCCAAAACUAAUGACGCGUUGAAGUCAUCAGGAGAGAGAAGACCUCCUUCAAAAUUGCAAAACAGCAAAAGCAGCUCAAAAUCAUCACAAAAUAGAAGUCAACGGCAUCUCCUAAACCCAGAAAAAAAGAGCAACAGUAUUAACAAUGGUUCGCAAGCAAAUGGGCGGCGGCAAUCAUCUGAAAAAAUAUCAUGGAGUGUGCUCGAUCUCAAAGGGGAAAAUUACUUCUCCUGUACUGUUGGCCGAACUCGUUCCAAUGCUCGGUACAUGCUGGGAUCCUCAGAUGAUGUCGUUUCAUUUCUAAAGGAAUUGGCUGAGGGAGCUUCAUCAAACUGAUGACAUAUCUAUAUUACGGACAAGGCAUGACAGCUAGCUAAUCUUGACUUGAAUGCAAAAGAAAGACACAAGCCUUGGAAUUUCUAUAAUGGGCUAAUCAACUUAAGCAGGCCAUAUAGUUUGCUCCACCCCAGCACCACAAAGAAAUGCUUCUAUUUCGACUGUGUUUAGACCAUGGUAAUCUAGAAGUUUGGAAAUGUACGUAGCAACAGAACCAUACGAUGGUUGUAACUUGUAACUGUAACUAGUACAUAACAUUUUGGAUUCUGGUUCGUCUGUGAACUGCAAGAGGUGCUUAAUAAAAGUGUUUCACCUUGUUGCCUGUAAAGGAAUUGUUGGAUGUGCUUUUUUAAUUCCGAGACAGGUACUAGUGAAAAUUUCGUUAUAAGCUCGAACAA